AUGGCUCAGUUCUCUCGUAUCCUUGCUGCGGCCGUGCUUCUUAUGUUGGGUAAGUGGAACACGUUUCUAUACAAUCUAACGAUGAUAAGUGAAUGAAGAUGGUGAAUUUUGAGCUCGAUAAUUAUCUGUGAAAUAUGAAAUAUUCAACAUUACACGAGCGUGGGACAAAGAAAAAUCUGAGUCCCCGACAGGAAUCGAACCCAUGACCUCCCGAACACCGGGCGGGCGCUCUAUCGGCUGAGCUACGAGAACUCAUGGAGAGCAAGGCAGUGCUGAUCCUAGCAGUAUGCAGGACACCUGUCACAUAUGAACUCAGUAAAAUGACCUUGCUCUCUAUGAGUUCUCGUAGCUCAGCGGAUAGAGUGCCCGCCUGGUGUUCGGGAGGUCAUGGUUUCGAUUCCUGUCGGGGACUCAGAUUUUUCUUUGUCCCACGCUCGUGUCAUGUUGAAUAUUUCAUAUUUCACAAUCUAACGAUGAUUAGUAGAAUUCUACUAGUAUACUAAUGCAAAUGCUGCAAUCUGAUUGGCUGAGCUACUGAUAUACUAUCAGCCAUUAGAGUGCAGGGGCUGCCGGUCUUCCACGAAAUGCGAUGUUUUUAUAGUUUUUCCGAAGUUUUGGAAGGAAUUUUAGAUGUAAACGGUUAAUUAAAUUCCUGAGAAGACUAAAAGAAGCACAUUUACUGUUUCUUGACUUAAAAAUCUUGAAAAUAUUGAAAAUGCGGGUACGCGCGUUAACAACUGCAAAUUUGCCAAGGACAGUUCGAUACGUCAACUUUGUUUAAGCGUAAAGUUCAAUAAUGCGUGGGAAAAUCAUUGGAAACCGUUAUUUGCGUUAAUUUCAAUUAGAAUUCUACUAAAACAAUUAGAUUAUUCGCUAUCGAUUUCUAUGAGGCGAUAGUUGAUUCGGCCUUCGGCCUCAUCAACUAUCACCUCAUAGAAAUCGAUAGCGAAUAAUCUAAUUGUUAAUUAGCAAUUUCAUUUCUCGUCACAAUGUCGGUGCAAAAUCAAGCAUAUAAAUCUUUAGAAUACAGGAAUAUACACCGAAUCUCUCCAGGCCAAGUUUUGUAAGUAGAGGACCGGGGUAAUAUGAUCUCCCUUAGAAACAAUGGCUUUAUAUAACUGUUUGCAUAUGGGGUUCGUAAACGACGUUUUAUUGAAAUAUAAUUAAUUUGAGGAGGAAUGUUCGGUUAUGAAGUCGAAUCAUGGAGCAGGUUUUUAAAAAGAUGAUCUUGUGUGCUUUCAUGGAUGCACUGGAUUUUUUAAUUCCCUGAAAAAAAGUUUGUUUUUCACGAUCGCAUUCAUUUCAUGAACCAUUUGCCUUACAUCUUACAUUUAUCUCUUCUCCCACAGUUGUUCAAGCUUACUGUAUGCAAUGUGGCAGAGUCCAAUACAAAUGCUGUGGGUAAGUGUAAUUCGUACAUGUCUCGCCUGUACGGGUAAGUGGUAGGAGAAGGGAAAAGCGCGAACAAAGAGAAGGAGUUUCUACUAUAAGAACCAAGCCUUUCAAAUAACGCCCGCCAACUUCCUCAUUAUCUAAUUUCAGCAACUGUUAAAAAUUGCAUAAGCCAUAGGUUUUGAUUUAUUCCUGCAGACACUACUCUUACACCCCUUCCUCUCACGUUUGCUGUUCUGGAAAAGUUGUUCAAAAGCCGUCUCAGUGCUGUGGAAGAGAGUCAUAUAACCCUCGCUAUCAGGCUUGCUGUGGAGGAAAUGUUUAUGACAUAAAUAAGCAGGUAAUUUAACAAAGUGACGUCAGUUUAGCUCAGAUUCCUUAAAGAGAUGGAUCGCAGUUACUUACAAUCAAGCGCAGACUCUCGCGAAGUAAACAUGCGUGUCUGCAGGACCUGAAUUUACCUUGGUUCGGAUCCUAUCAAAGUGGAGUCAUUCAGUAAACUAAGGAAAGUUUCUAUAAUAAGAAUACUUCCUCGUUUUUUUUUUCCACAUACAAACAACAAAACCAAUUAAAUUAUUACUGAUUCUGUAAAUUCGCUGGUUCAUAGUAACUUCUCCAAUUUUUUAAAGGUUGGUGGGCAUCAGUUCCACUGCUUAAAGUGCACAUGAAACGAAAUUUCACCUCCAUUUUUUUCAAUUUAACCUAAAAUAGGAUCCUUUAGAACUAUUUUAAGGGGGAAAUAGAGUGCCAAAAGUGGUGGCAACAUACUUUUUCAGACGCUUAAAGAUGCCCCAUUUUCCAUAAAAUUGUAGUCAAGGACCUGGGCUCUAGUUAAAGGAUCGUGACGUAAUUCGUGUGUAUGCAGCCAAGCGAGAACGACUCCAAUGCAAGUCAUUUACACUUUAAACCUUGCACGAAACCAUGGCUUUAAGCGGCGAAGACUUUACCUAAAGUUCAGCUGAAGACAAUUUAGACUCGAUACAAAGUUCUGAGGAAGAGAUCGGGUCAGAUAUAGGCCAUAUAGCUCCGUACGAAUGUGAACCUUCGGCGAGUUCCGAUGAAAAUGGCGGAGGCCUUGAGGAAGAGGAAGUCGACGAAGACGGAUUGAGUGUUGCUACUUUAGAACAACGAAUUGAUAAAACUGUGCCUGUCAGUGCUUGGUACGUGAAAAUCCUGUUGUGUUUUGUCAUGAAUGAUUCUGAGUGUAGCAGAAAAUUUAUAUACCUGCCAACUUUUUCUGAGAUGUAGGCGUGAGAUUUUUAUCCUGGGAGUGCUGGGGUUUUUGAAAACGACACGAUCAUUUCCGAAGAUUCCCGAAGAAGUCCGAAGUCUUCGGAAGACGUCCGAAGUCUGCCGAAGGCGAAGUUAUCGAGAAAACGCUUAUCCACAAAGUCAGAGAUCGCGAGGAAGAUAUUGUCAUUUAUUACGCGGGAUGACGUAGUCAGCCAGCGUCUAAAAUUCGGUAGCACAUUCCUUUCGUCGUCUUGGGAGUAAAAAAUUGCCUUGUCUUUUUAACUUUCCCGUAUCCCGCGCCCGUCCCGAAAAAUUGUGUGGAUUUUUAUUGGCCGCAACGUCGAAGCACGUGCAAGUCAGGCUGGAUUGCACAAGCCGAAAAAAGAUACUGCGUCAGCAAAGGAGGGAAAAGUAAGAUCACUGAGUAGAGGAGGACGAAGACUCAAGGCCGUGCUCUUAAUACGGCGCAAGACUUGGCCUCGGGCGACUGAAAAUAUUGUCUAGGUGGUCCAGCCGGGCGACUUGCUGGUGUUGGUUUCUUGUCUCUGUUGAGUUACAGUCAAAAAGCUAAGAAUGUCUAGAAUUUAUUGACUUGCGAAAUCGUAGCUCUCUCGGUGGCUUCGCGACCUAAAAAGAACGCUCCGCUCGCUAAGAAACUCUUGAGGUCGACUUGUAAGUAGCAAUAAGUAGCAUGUCUAUCAAAAAGCUUUAGGAAAAUGUUGUUAAAUCGGGCAGCGGGCACGCGUUGAUGUUCAAAGGUUGUUUCACGUGAAUUCACAUGUAACAUAAUCCUUCACUAUGAACGUGACAAGCUGCACAGUUUUCGAUUGUAACAGCUUUUCAUAAUAACAUUGAAAUUUUUUCUUCAAAUUACGAUUGUUCAUUAGUUAGUUUUUCAAAACAAAUUGUUACUUUUGCUCUGACAGGCGUGAAGUACGGUCGGCGACGCAAAACAAUGUUUUUGUAUUUUGAAAAAUCGCUGAAUAAACAAGGGGUCGGUCUUUUAUGUUCUUUAAAUAUUUUUACCUUUUCUUACUGCUGUGUCUGCGAGGCUAAAACAUAACUAAGAUUGUUAUUCCAGUAAAAUACGAUGCAUAAAAAAGAAAAGAAACGACUAUAGUAAUUGUGAUUGUUCUAGAAUCGGGUAUAAAUCCCGCAUUGUCUUUCGUGUCGUGACAAGGCAUUACGUAUCACGUAUUAAAAUAAAUACGCAAAUGCUAACCGAAUCUACAUUUGUCCCGAACAUUUCACCGGUAAUAUAGAAAGAAAAUACUUCCGUUUUGCGCUUAAACGACGACUUUACAACAAGAUAAUCUUUUCAAAAGAGAUAAUGGUUUUAGGGCGGCCGGGGGGGGGGCCCUUCCUUAUAAAGAGGCUAAUGGGGAUGUGCCGCCGGAUGAGGUCGCAUUUUCACGACUAGAUUGACUAUUAAUGGGGUUGCAUUUUCAAAAGAGUUACUACUUUUGGGGGUAAGAGAGCUGUUCAUAUUUACGGUUAGCAAACGUAUCAGGAUAUUUGUACUGUAGGUGAAAAGUAAAGUGUUCUUCAUUCAAUUUAUUAAAAAAAUGGGUCAAUUCAUUUUUUGAUGACCUAUUUAAAGGAUUGAUAAGUUAGAUACGUAAAUAGAAAGUGACUAAGUUGGGAUCGCAAAAAUUACAUAUUUGCCCAAGAGUGACUAAUGUGGGGUCUACAAUUGGUCACAGAAAAGACUAUAAUGGGGUAGGGGCUCUGAGAGGCCAGCGGCACAUACCCAGCAAAAAUUAACGCAAGUAACCCCCCUGGGGGCGCAAUCUUAAUAAGCAAAUUUUCUUUUUCUUUCUUUCUUUUUCAAAAUGAUUAGUAAAAAGAAUAGUGCCCUUAUUUUUGACCCCAAAUUUACUUUGCCAUUUAAAAAACAUGAAAUGUUCGGCGGCGUUGUCCAUGUUUCUCAUAUGGCGCGAAAACUUACUUUCAUAUGACAACGUGCCGGUUUUUUUUUUUUUUUCGCAGGCGCAGGGGGUCAAAAGGAUGUGAUUUUUCAUGAAAAAAAUAUUCACAGACUUCUGCUUGACUUGUUAAGAAAAUAAUUUGUUUAAUUUUUAACAAUUAACUAACAGCUCAUUGAUUUAUUAAUUUGGGCGACCAACUUGGAGGCCCGGGCACCCCAGCUAAAAAUGCUUCGGGAGCCCAAAGGGCUCCCUGAAGUGGCCCUAGAGCACUUCCUUGAAGCCCUGUAUUUAUUGGAAGUAUGAUACAUUACAUGCUAUUGUUAAAUGUGGAAGCGCAUUUUUUGAGGACAUUAGUAAAGGAAUGCAAAUUUUAGUGAACUACCCCAUACUACUAAGAUAUAUGGUGGUAAUAUUGAUGUAAGUUUUGUUUUGAGUAGCAAAGGAACCCUUGUGUGUAACUCAUCUUCUAGUGUAUUAGUCCUUAACAGAACAUCUCCGUCUCUCCUGCACACAUUUGUUGCAUACACUGCACAACUUUCCAUUGCCAUCCAACAUACCCGUAAUUCUUUCUUAAACCCACACAUCCCGCGUAAACGCCUUCGGGCGUCUUCUUGUUCAUUUUACACAUGGUUUUCGUUCCUUACAUGGGUGUGAGUUAACAUAUUUUUGGAAAUUGUGUCAAGCAAGACGGCAACAACUCACAUUUUUCAAUCAGGCGUGAGAAAUUGGUCCGCAGGCGUAAGCGGGCGUGAGAUCGAAGUUUUCAACCCGCAGGCGUGAGACUCACGCCUAAGGCGUGAGAGUUGGCAGGUAUAAAUUUAUAGCUCAGAGCGACCUGAAACCAUGCACAUGAUCGAACCUUAUUCUUGUAAAAAGAUUAUAUAUGGCAGGCCAUAGUUAAUAGACGGGACCUGGUUAGGAAGCCCGGCAAACAUCAAAAGAGCAAACAAAGAUGCCAAGAUUUAUGUUGGAAGGUCUACAACUCUGCACAAUCUUUUGUUUUACGCUCACACUAUGCAUGAGUUACGUAACCAACACGCUUCAAUUGGUUAGUUCCUCUGUACGGGGUAAACAACUAUUGUGUUUUGUGCAGGGUCAAGGCCAAAAAACAGAACAAUAACAUACAGCAAAGAACUUUGACGAGUUUCAUAACCAUUCCCUCUAUUAACUAUGGGCAGGCUAACCAUUUAGUCUGUGCUAUUGGAAUCUCAAUUUAUUACUCAAACUGGCCUUUAUAAAAUUGAAGGUGCACUUGUAAAAUAUGCAGUGAUACAACACUUGUAUCGGCGCGUGAAUUCAGAUGCUGUAGAUCAGAAGUUGGUUGUGCCCGUUCACUCACGUUUGAUGGUAGCAUUGAACGCAUAUCAUGCGUCACUACUGAAGGUCAGAAAUGGUAGAGGUUAUCGACGAAAGGAUGGGAAAACUGUCAUUACUCUGGAGGAAUAAGCUCAAACCCUUUUCUAUCUUAAACAUGUUAAACUCUUCUAAUUUACUGCAGGUUUCUCAGAGCUACGGCAUACAGAUGGCUUACACGCUGGAUCUUCAGUCAUAAUGUAAGAACUAGAUAUUUCACACAUGCCACAACUGGUUAUGUAGCAUCAGAGGAUAGGAACUAGAUGAACCAGCCUUUUUAGGCAACUUGUAGUGAUCUAGAGAACUUUAUACAUGUAUUAAGUAUGAAAAAUGUGAAAGUCACGUUCAGUAAUAAAUACGACUUCGAACAAAAAUUGGACCACAGACCUGUCAUUAUAAAAAUUAUCAAACUUGAAAAAUGGGCAUGUGGUGGUAAUCCCUGAUUCUCCCUAAGGCAUGAAAGGUUCAGAAAAAGUAAAAAACCAUACUAUUAUAGUUGAUAAAAAUUCCUUACUUUGCCACUGAGUUGUAUAUUUUGCCCAAAGAAAAAAAAAGAGGAUUUUUUAUCAAGUAUGUCAACCCCUGACUACAGUUACUAGUCUACUACAUACUAGCAUCUUGAGCUGUAUGUUUAGAAACCAGUACUUUGAUGAAAAGUUGACUUUGUUUUGAUAUACAUUUAGCUACUUUACAAAUCACACCCACUGUACAUUUGAAAAGUAGUAAAUAUAGCUAAGUCAUCUCUGUAACACCAGGUCACUAAACACACAGCUCAGUCUGAAGAACAGCCUUCUAUUGUGUUUGACAGAACUGUACAAUGAAGGCAUGACUACACAGUCUUGGCCUAAACUUUUUGAAAUAAUCUUAUAUUCCCAAAAAGUAUACAAAGAAUCAAAUUUUAGUGUUCCCUUUCUAUGCAGGCACACGGUUCUCCUUCCUCUUUGCAGGUGUCUUCUUCUUUGCAGGGGGUUCAGUUGAUUUUUGGAUGGUAUGGGCUGAUUGCAUUGAGCUUUGUUAUGCCUCUAACAAAACAAGAACAAAGCAAAAAUGCACAAGCCACAGGAGAC